AUGAAUGACGAGGAGGAUUAUGAUCCUCGCUGUCCUGUCGUACCUUUUACGGCCGCACAGAAGGUGAAGUGGAGAAGGGAAUGGAGAUCAGCACUAAUAGUGCAAGGGCUAGGGAGGAAGGUUGCCUACGUACCCUUAGCGAGGCGGCUGAAUUUUCUAUGGGCUCGGCAUGGAGAGAUCCAGAUCUCUGACAUGAACAAUGGGUGCUUCCUGGUGAGGUUUCGGAACCAGAAAGACUAUGAACUUGCGAUUGAGAAAGGGCCAUGGUUGCUGAGUGAAACGUACCUUACCGUCAACCGUUGGUUCAAGGGUUUUAACCCGUGGAAGGCAACGGUGAAGUCAACGAUCGUGUGGGUGCAACUACCUGACCUCCCUAUUGAGUUUUUUAAUGUUGAAGCGGUGACUAUGAUUGCUGAACUAAUUGGAAAACCUAUUAGGGUAGAUCGCGCAACGGAGCUGGGGGCGCGAGGUAAUUAUGCUCGUGUUAGCGUUGAAGUGGACCUCACCAAGCCUCUUCUGUCGAAGUAUAAGGUAGAGGGAGUGACCUACAUAAUCCAAUAUGAAGGUCUAGAAGAUAUUUGUGGAGAGUGCGGCAUGUACGGGCAGCGAUCAAACAAAUGCAGCUGUAAACAGAUGGGUGAGGAGUCAGUUGACGCUUUGCCGGUAACACCUCGAGCAGCCCCAACGGUCUCCCAAACUGAGGGGCGGACAUACGGGGAGUGGAUGUCAGUCAAGAAAAAGGCGGCCUGGUCAAAGCGGCGACCGGAAAACAAUGGGAGGAUGAGUCCGAUGAGAGGCGGAGAACCAAAAGAAAAUCGUUUUGCUGUGUUAGGUGAGGAGGUCGAGAAGGUGACUACGGGAAGAGGCUUGCAGGUAGGGGAUGCAGAGAAGGCUGUACACGGAAAUUUGAAUGGUCGAUCAAAAGAAGGUGUAACUGAUAGUAAUGGAAGGGAAGCUACGCCGGUAAAGGAGCAGACCUCGGCUGGUAAAGGGGGGGCCAGAACUAAUCCCUCGGUCUAUCCUGCGGCGAAGGAGAGGGUGCAGGGAGAGAAGGGUGGGGAAAGGGCCAAUAUACAUUACCAUAAUGAAAAGAGAAAUGCUGGGGAUGGGACGUCCAGCCAUGCAAGUGAUGGGGCCAAUAGCCACAAGACAAAAAAUGGGGGGUCUAAGACUCCUACAAAAACCAACAACUCUGAUGGUGCGGGGAACCGAUCCACUUCAGGUAAUAAAUGA